CUACACCGUCACUGUCACCGUCACGGGGCUGCUGAUGCCUGCUACCUCCUUCUGCCCGUCGGGGCUCUUCCAUUGCGGCGGCUCUUCAGAGCUGUGGGCUCCCGCAGUCCGUCCUCUGCCGCCCAAUUCAUGGGAUUCAUCCCUCUGAAGGAUUCCAGUCAUCUUCCUAGUGUUUCUUCUCCUUCGACUCACCCCAACUGCCCCCCCUGCUCUUCUCCGCCACUGCGCUCCUCCUCCCCCCUCCCCCUCUCACAUUCUCCUGCUUUCUGCCCUCCUCACCUUCCCCUCCCUCCAAUUGGUGACGUUUCUAGAUUUGCACCUCGAAGUUCCGUUUCUCUCUUCUUCGUUUAGGGUUUCGUGGUCACCGCUGCCGAUUCUAUCUCCUCCUCCACGCCAUUCCCGCGCCUCAACCUCCUUUCUUGUCCUCGCUUCACCGCACUUCCAAGCCGGUGAUAAUCUUCUCCCCCCCCCGGCGUUCCCGUCACUUUUCUCCCGUCACCUUUUUUCACCCAUUCACGUUGUGCAGCUGAACACCUUCAUGGCUACCCUGUUGCCUGCCCAACGUGGUUAUGACAAUUUUCAGUUUCUUGAAACGAAACGGCCUUGGCUCAAUAUUGUCGUGAUGAGGGUGUUCAUAUCUUCGCGCGGCAGAUUUGUACGGCAUCAGGGUGCGGCCUGUGGCUCCAGUUGGUAGUACGAGCAGCAAGCCUUUAUUGGAGAGUUCUCUUCUGCAUUGUUCUCUCCCAGAUGAACUUCUUCAAGAGGUGUUCAUGCGGUUGUCCCCUUACUGGCUAGGCCGGGCAGCUUGUGUAUGUCGAAAGUGGAGAUAUGCUACUCGGAUGCCAAGUCUGUGGCGUAAUGCCUGUUUGAAGACCUGGCAGGUUUCAGGGCGUCAAGAGAAUGAGCGCUUGUGUGCGGAGAAAUAUGGAGGCUCAUGGCGUGCUAUGUGGCACGAUCGUCCUCGUUUACGCUUUGAUGGAUUAUAUGUAAGCAGGAAUACGUACAUUCGUACUGGAAUAGCUGAGUGGAAGAUUACCAAUCCAGUUCAUUUGGUUUGUUAUUACCGGUAUUUAAGGUUCUUUCCGAAUGGGAAAUUUUUGUAUAAGACAACCCCUUUGCGCGUGAAGGAAGUAGCAAAGACAAUGCAAGGAAGAGCAGCGAAAUUGGACGGAUUAUUUAGUGGGCGGUGUAUGCUUGAUGGCACACAAGUCGAGGCAGCCGUCAUAUACCCUGGCUCACGACCCACAGUUCUGAGAAUUCGCCUCAGGCUUCGCGGAACAAUUCCUGGAGCCUACAACCGUUUAGAUUUGCUUUCUCUGGUGACGUGUGGGGUGGAUGAGAAUUUAGUCCCGAAUGAAACCGAAGAUGUCAUUAAUAUAGUUGACGGGUGGCAAGAGAAUGAGACUCAUAAUCCAGACAUACCAGCAGUUUCUCACCGGCGUGGCAUGCAACCAUUUGUGUUUGUUCCAUUUGAAGAGGUUGACACAUCCGUUUUGAAUCUUCCUGUUGACAAGAUGGAUUAUUAUGUCCCAGGCUGAGGAUCAACGGCAUCCCAAUUAACUGCACUGUUUAUAUGUACACUAAUUUGUGAACGGAUCUAACCUUUAUCCUGUAUUUUCAAGUAUAUUCUAUUGUAAUUCCCUGUGUUGCACUCGAUGUGUUCCUUGACGAGGUAACUUGUCAACACUUAACUUUUGUUGUAGAUAGUUGAUGCAAGAGUCGGAUAUAUCCUGACCAUGUGAUUAUUAUGUGUUAAAUUUAGAUGGGUUGUUGUUGAGCAGCAGAUGGAAACAUAAGAGAAAGUAGAAGUUUAGUUAGAGAUCAUCUGGGCAAAGUACAAGGAUUGUGUAACAUGGUGCAAGUUUGUGAGAAUAUGUUGGUUUAGCCAGCAGAGCUUCCACUCGGAUCCUCUUCGGGUUGCUCUUUGGUAAAGGCCCUAUUUACCAAAGAGAAAGAGUAUCAAGAUUUGGAGCGAGUCCAAGUACAAUCCAUUUGGAGUGCUCUGCUGCGGAACAAACACUGAAAUGGGUAAUGGUAUUCAUUUGUCGUGAAUGACUUCAAAUUCUUAGCAGGUUUAGUUUUCCUUCUGUCUAGAGUAAAGUCUUUGUUUCUAUCUCAUUGCAUCGCGCAUCAGAGGUUUAAUGGAGUGCUAUGUAACUAUAUUGACUAUGGUGUAUUGUGACGUUUUGGUGGAAUCAAAAACUGAUUUUUGUUAUGGCGAUUUUAA